AGUCAGCUUCUGAUAGACUCUUAAGACGCAACAGGAUGAAUAAAAAGCUGGUGAAUCUCAGCUCAACCGCUCCUGUCAAAAUGAACAACACAUGGCUGUAUCUUUUCAGGGAUGUGUUUAUGAAUACUCCCGAGGACCUCCCUGAAAUCAUCCUAAUAUUAUCUUUGGUCUGUAUCAUUGGAGCAUUUUUGAACAUGCACUUGAAAGACUUUCUGAUUCCUCUUCCUGUGAUAUUAUUUCUAAUUGGAUGCGGCUUUGAAACACUAAGUUUCACAUCUUUCCAGGUCCAAAGAUAUGUAGAUUCUAUACAAUGGAUGAAUCCCCAUUUAUUUUUUGGUCUUUUUACACCGGUAAUUAUCUUCAAUGUUGCCUUUGACAUGGAUGUAUACAUGCUCCGAAAGUUACUGUGGCAGAUACUCUUAAUUACAAUUCCUGGCUUUGCAGUUAAUUACAUCUUAAUACUCUGGUAUCUCCAUUCUGUGAAUAAAUUGGUUUUGAAGACCAUCCCAUGGUUGCUAUUUUCAGCUAUUCUUGUGAGUUCAGAUCCCAUGCUGACUGCAACUUCCAUAAGAGACCUUGGUCUUUCUAGAAGCCUCACAAAUUUAAUUAAUGGAGAAAGUCUGAUAACUUCUGUUAUAUCAUUAACCAUAUAUAGUACUGUAAUAAACAUUAAUGCAAAAAGAAACACUAUGACGAAUCUUACUAUAGUCCAUGAUCUCAUGUCUACAAUUUGGGCAUAUGGUAUACAAAGCUUUUUAUUUGGAAUUUUAAAUACAAAAUUGAUUCAACUGUGGGUGUCUACCAUUUUGGGGGAUGAUAUUAAUCACAUAAGUCUCAUCUUCUCAGUUCUGUACUUCAUCUUUUAUGUUUGUGAGUUAACCGGAAUGUCUGGGAUAUUUACUCUAGCCAUCAUGGGACUUUUUCUAAAUUCUACAAGUUUUAAACCAGGAGAUGAAGCACUUCUUCUCGAAUUCUGGAAUUGUCUAUCAUUUGUUGCUUUUCUUAUGGUGUUUACUUUCAUUGGACUUCUAAUCCCUACACAAACAUAUUUAUAUAUAUCAUUCUCUGAUCUAUAUUAUUCAUUAAAUAUUUACUUCACACUGAUUGUUUUAAGACUUCUGAUCUUUCUACUAAUGAGCCCCAUUUUGUGUCGACUUGGCCACGGGUUCACCUGGCGCUCGGCGUUCAUCAUGGUCUGGAGUGAAAUGAAAGGGUGGCCCAAUAUCACCAUGGCUCUGCUGUUUGCCUACUCAGACCUUUCUCUUAGCUCGGACCGGGAAAGGUCUCAGAUAUUAUUUCAUGGAGUGUCAGUAUGCUUAAUUACCUUGAUGGUCAAUAGGCUAAUUUUGCCUGCUGCAGUUGCCAAACUAGGUCUUCACGAUGUCACGUCAACAAAAUAUAAAUCAGUUUAUUAUACAUUUCAACACUUUCAAGAGCUAACCAAAUCUACAGCCUUGACACUCAAAUUUGACAAAGAUCUUGCCAACGCUGACUGGAGCAUAGUUGAGAAGGCAAUUUUACUUCAGAAUCCAUAUGCAUUGAAUCAAGAAAUAACAGAACAUCAGAAGGUGAAAUGUCCAGACUGUAACAAGGAAAUAGACGAAACUCUCAACAUUGAAGCCAUGGAGCUGGCCAACAGACGUCUGCUAUCAGCACAAAUAGCAAGUUACCAGCGGCAAUACAGGAAUGAGACGCUGUCCCAAAGUGCAGUGCAGGUCUUGGUAGGUGCGGCAGGAAGUUUUGGUGAGAAGAAGGGAGAACAUGUGAGUGCUGAGAUUAUAAGGAAUUACUCUGAAAGCAAAAAAUUCCUUAGUUUCAUGAGAAAAUUACUGCUCAAUUGGGCAUAUAAUAUUAAAAAAGAUAGAGGGAGUCCUUCCAGAUACUGGUUUUUUCGUGUAUGCAAUAAAAUAGUAUUUACUGAUGAAUUUGAGAACAUUGGAAACCUUGUGCUCCUAAUGAACAUAUAUCCUAUCAUGAUCUGUUGGAUAGUCCAGUUAAAUAAAAUCUAUCAACAUGAGCUAAAAUGUUGUAACUACUACUUUCUUGCCUUUUAUAUUCUAGAGGCUCUCUUUAAGAUGGCAGCAAUGAGGAAGGCAUUUAUUUCGCAGGCUUGGAACCUAUUUGAGUUGGGAAUUACAUUAAUUGGCAUCUUAGAAGUAAUACUGAUCGAAAUAAGUCUCAUUAACUAUGACUCCAAUGUAAAUGGAAUGGUGAUCUUCAUGAGAGUCGUUCGGCUCCUUCGCAUCCUGCGCAUUUUGAAGCUUGUGACACCAAAGUUGCUACAAAUAAUAGAUAAAAGGAUGAGUCACGAGCUGUCGUUUCAAUAUGCUAUACUGAAAGGAUAUGUCCAAGGGGAAGUAGACGUCAUGAAUAUAAUUGAUCAAAUUGCAAAUUCCACACAAAUAAAACAGGUGUUACUAGAGCGGGUGAUGAGGAAUAUGGAGCAUGCCAUGAAAGAGCUAGGCUACUUGGAGUAUGAUCACCCAGAAAUUACUAUCACCAUGAAAACCAAGGAGGAGAUUCAUGUCAUGCUCAACAUGGCAAGAGAAAUUGUCAAGACUCUCAGGUCAAAAGGCAUUAUUCAUAAAGUGGAAGGUGCUGAAAUUUAUAAGUUAAUCAUGGCCAAAAAAGUAAAGGUGGUUGAUUAUCAGUCCAUUAUCAAACCUCUCACUGUUGAUGAGAUCCUGUAUCAUAUUCCAUGGCUUGAUAAAAAUGAGGAUUAUAUACACUUUAUUCAGGAAGGUGCAAAAAUUGUAACAUUUGAUUGUGGAAAUAAUAUAUUUGAAGAAGGGGAUGAGCCCAAAGGAAUCUAUAUAAUUCUUUCUGGCAUGGUCCAGCUUAAAAGAACAAAGACUGAAUGGGGCAUUGACCGAACCCCCUUGGAGUCAGAGGGAAAAGGUUAUUCAGAGAUUUAUACAGAUUGCAUGCUCAGUGGGGAAAUAAUUGGAGAGAUAAACUGCUUAACGGAUGAGCCAAUGAAAUAUUCUGCUAUCUGCAAAACUGUAGUGGAGACAUAUUUUAUUCCUAAACAUCACUUGGAAGUAGGCUUUGAAAUGAGGUGCCCUCUCAUGAAACUUAAAAUGUGGCAAAAAAUUGGAUUUAGUGUUACGGUGAAAAAGAUCAAGGAGCGCCUGUCUUAUGAGGACUGGAACUACAAGCUGCAGUUAAAGCUCUGCAACGUCUUCUUAACAGACAUACCACUGAACACAAAGACGGACAUCUAUGAUGAGUCCAUCACCCACGUUAUCCUCGUGCAUGGCUCUGCAGAAGACUGUCAGCUACGCAAGAUUUACAAGGCACCUUUCCUAAUUCCUGUAACAUGCCAUCAGAUACAAGGCAAUGAACCAUUUACAAAAGUGAUGAUGAUUCAAACCACGGCUACAAAACGAUUCAGAUGGAAUGUAAGAAAAUAUGUACCUCUACGUAAAGUUACUUCAGAACGAAAAGACAAAACAGAUGAAACUGGGGUGUCAGAAAUUAACAUCCAGGAUGAAGAAAGCUUUAAGGAAGAGGACCAAAAGCUUGAUGAAACUUUUGAUGACUAAACGAACAUGUAAGGGGUCUCCUGGAGACAGCCUCACUCAUCAGUUAGAAACGGCUGACAAGACUUUUACAUGACAAAGCUGAAGCAUGAAUUGUCACCGCUGUCACCUGUACCUGGAGCCCGUCUCUGCCCCAAGGGAGGGAAGAGCCCGCUGUCUUCCUGUGGUCUGGGGCCGCCUCCAUGCAAGA